AUGUUACAAUGUGAUGCGCCACGGGUGAUCUCUCCAAACAUCACACUCUACUCUGUCUGGGAAGGCCAGUUUGGGAGCUCACCAGUCACACUCAUCUGCACCCUGAGUGGCUUCUUUCCAGACCAGCUUACUGUGCAAUGGCAACUGGGAAACGAUACUGUCACUGCUUCACCAGUCGAAAACAAGCUGCAAAGUGUGGAUGGAGGGGAGCAAACCUUCAGUCUGACCAGUCAGAUUAAACUUGAUAUGAUGGAGUGGGCAAAAGGCUCAGAUGUCACAUGCAAGUCCCAACACGCCAAAAAUGAAUUCAAAAGAUCCAUCAAUAUUUGUUCAAUUCAUUCGUCCUCACCUCCCUCCAUUCAUCUGGAGAUCCCGAGAUUCAAGACAGUGAUAGCAGAGUCUGUGGUCACUGCCACAUGUUUGGUCCAUACUGACUUGGAUGCCAAAGUGACCUGGCUGCUAAAUGAUCAAGUCCUUUCCAAUAAACCAACGAAACAAGACAGAAACACAACUCAUAUCAUCAGUAAUCUGACGGUUCCCUCAGCUGACUGGAAAAACCUCAAUAAAGUCCAAUGUAGAGCUGAACAUCGCUGCUUCACACUCACUGAAAACACCAUCAUUCUUACAGGGCCUGCAGCUGCAGCUCCAUCAGUGCUGAUCAGGAGACCUCUGUCAGAUUUGCUCAAGAGAAACAGUGCUGUGCUGGAGUGUGACGUCACACAACUCUCCUCCAGUGACCUCUACAUCACAUUUCAGGCCAAUGGCACUGACAUCUCUGGGAAACAGUAUGUUGAAUUUCAUAAAGCCCCAGGCCCCCACUCAGUCACAAAAAGUUUCCCUGUCCCUUCAAAUUACCAAAAAAAAGACACAACAUUCACCUGCAAAGUGAACCAAGGUUUCUCCAAGCAAUGGGAGUCAAACUCCACUGGAAAUAUUUUUGGUGACCCAUCAGUGGAGCUCCUUUUAGCCCCAAGUGAAGAGUCGGGACCACAGAAACUCUUGUGUUCUGGACGGGGCUUCAACCCUCAAAUCAAAUGGCUUUCUGGGUCUCAGCACAGACCCGCAGCCUCUCAGGACAUCAAGAUGGGUGCAGAUGGACGUGUGGAAGUAACCAGUCAUCUCCUUGUCACUAAAACAGAGUGGAAAUCAGGGGAGGACAUCACUUGUGAAGUGUCUGACCAGUCUGGAGGCAGUACAGUCAAGAAGAGCAUCAGCCUUUGUUCAGUUCAUUCAUCCUCGCCUCCCUCCAUUCAUCUGGAGAUCCCCAGCUUCAAGACAGUCAUGAUGGCAGGGUCUGUGGUCACUGCCACAUGUUUGAUCCAUACUGACUUGGAUGCCAACGUGACCUGGCUGCUCAAUGAUCACGUCCUUUCCAAUCCUCGAGUCAAUCAGGACAGAAACACAACUCAUAUCAUCAGUAAUCUGACGGUUCCCUCAGCUGACUGGAAAAACCUCAAUAAAGUCCAAUGUAAAGCUGAACAUCGCUGCUUCACACUCGCUGAAAACACCAUCAUUCUUACAGGGCCUGCAGCUGCAGCUCCAUCAGUGCUGAUCAGGAGAUCUCUGUCAGAUUUGCUCAAGAGAAACAGUGCUGUGCUGGAGUGUGACGUCACACAACUGUCCUCCAGUGACCUCUACAUCACAUUUCAGGCCAAUGGCACUGACAUCUCUGGGAAACUGUAUGUUGAAUUUCAUAAAGCCCCAGGCCCCCACUCAGUCACAAAAAGUUUCCCUGUCCCUUCAAAUUACCAAAAAAAAGACACAACAUUCAACUGCAAAGUGAACCAAGGUUUCUCCAAGCAAUGGGAGUCAAACUCCACUGGAAAUAUUUUUGGUGACCCAUCAGUGGAGCUCCUUUUAGCCCCAAGUGAAGAGUCGGGACCACAGAAACUCUUGUGUUCUGGACGGGGCUUCAACCCUCAAAUCAAAUGGCUUUCUGGGUCUCAGCACAGACCUGCAGCCUCUCAGGACAUCAGGAUGGGUGCAGAUGGAUGUGUGGAAGUAACCAGUCAUCUCCUUGUCACUAAAACAGAGUGGAAAUCAGGGGAGGACAUCACUUGUGAAGUGUCUGACCAGUCUGGAGGCAGUACAGUCAAGAAGAACAUCAGCCUUUGUUCAGUGACUCCAGCAUCAUCUCAGACAGUUGGUGUGUAUGUUCAGGGCCCACCUCUCCAGCAGCUGCAGAAAAAUGAUCAUGUGACCAUCACCUGUCUUCUGGUUGGUGCAAAUCUUGAAGACUUCUCCAUUACUUGGAAAGUAGGUGAUGCAGAGGUGUUGGACAAUGUGGCCAAAGGACCACUACUCCGUCACAGCAAUGGGACUGCAACUUUGCAGAGCUCCCUGAAUGUAUCAUCACAGGUCUGGAAUUCAUAUACACAAGUGUCUUGUAAGGCUAAGCACCGAUGUUUCGACCAGGGCUACGAGGACCAUACAAGCAAAAGCAGAGAUCUAAAUCAACCAACUGUGAAGCUGAUACAGCCAAGUGACGCUGAACUGUCAGAGUCAAACACCACCACACUUGUCUGUCUCGUCUCUGGGUUCUCCCCACCUAACAUCAUGGUGUACUGGGAGAAGGAUGGCCACAAGCUGUCAUCAUCUCACUACACCAACAGCCCUGCUUGGAAAGACCCAGGGAGCAGCACUUAUUCCCUGAGCAGCUCACUGAACACAUCCCCAACAGAGCAGGACCAGAAACCCACUUAUUCUUGUGUUGUCAUACACGAGUCAUCUGAAAAGCCACUGAGGAGCACCAUAGAGGAAGUGUUUGCUUCGGUGAGCCUCUCCCGACCUUCAGCCACCUUGCUGCAAGGCUCUGGUGAGCUUGUGUGCCUGGUGACUGAUUUCAGCCCUGCAUCCAUCAACAUCACCUGGCUUCUCGAUGGCACCACUAAGCUGUGGGACUACAACACCAGUGAGGCCCACAGAGGCCCAAAAGGGAAAUUCAGCAUCCAAAGCCGACUUCGUGUGUCCCCAGUCAACUGGCAACGUGGGGCAGUCUACACCUGCAGGGUGACACAUUCAAACACCACCUUAGCCCUGAAUAUCACCAAACCAGAGGUCCUGGAUGAAGGCAUGUUCUUUUAUGACAUCGUACAUGAUGUUGUCACUGAGGACUUGAGCCAGGGCAGCUGGUAUAUGGCUGUCACCUUCCUCCUCCUGUUGUUAAUCUCCCUCAUCUAUAGCAUGUUGGUGACCCUCAUUAAGAUUAAAUGAUCAUGAC